AUGGUUAUAGAUCAUGAAAGUGUUUCUUCCUCCAAAACACACGUGGAAAACUAUUCUCAUAUAAUCAUGCUUGAGUAUGGUACAUGUUUUGUACGAUAUGCAUUUCCAGUUGGAAGAUCAAGCAGAAUUCCAGUAGACAAUUUAGAAUUCAAUUCUUCCGUGAAUUAUCAUCACCAGAGAACAAACAAGGCGGAAGCUCACGAAUGUGAUUUAGACCUUCUUAUCAAAGAGUUGGCAAAAAAAAUAGAUGAAAUAGAAUUUCCAUUGUCUGAAUAG